AUGCGCUCAACCCCAUUGGAAGAUAUAGACCCAACCCUGCGGGGAGAUACAAUCGACCUACAGCAAGAUGUGGCCCUACAGCGAUCACUAGGACUCUCAGACACAUCUGCCCAAUUUAAGCAGCCACCUAACGACACCGUCUUACCCACCUCUACCCCCACCCGCAAGCGACGCCGCUACUCGAAAAUGAAUAUCCAGAAGCCACCAAUUGAACUCCGCGAACGCUAUCCCUCCGGCCGUCUCAAAGAGUUCCGACCUCGGUUUGCCUACGGCCCAGUGAGGCUCGCCGAAAUUCGAAAGGACGAAAGAACCAGGGCGGCGCGUUAUAGGGACGGUUUGCGUGCUCUUGCGGUUGCUGCUGGGCAUUGCGACACGAGUGGGCAAGCGGCGUUUAUUGUGGAGUUAAAGAGGCUUCGGAAGGUAAAGCGGGAGGCGGAAAGAGAAGCGAGGAAUACGAAGACGGCUCUUACUACUGGCAAAGGGGAUUCACUGAAGGGGAAGGUGGUGGCGGAGCCACAGAUGGUGGUUGAAGGUGAAGAAAUUUUGCAGGUCCAGGGCGCAGGGAGUGGAGGCUGUGAAGUGCAGGAUACUGUCCAUGCCGAGGAUAAGAUGGUGGAAGACUCUCGAGGGCUCCGUUCCUAA